AUGGGAGCUGGGAUGAAGCGCGGGAGGAAGGAGGAGCCAACCGUGUCGUUGGCGUUGUCGCUGAGCCCGGACUCCUCGACGUCUUCCGUAACGUCGGCCGAUUCGGGUGCCGGUGCGCAGGCCAAGCGCAAGCGGGGUGCCGUGGUGGCGACGUCGGGUGAGGGGGAGUUCGUGUGCAAGACUUGCGGGCGGGCCUUCCCGUCGUUCCAGGCGUUGGGCGGGCACCGGACCAGCCACCUCCGCGGCCGCCACGGGCUGGAGCUCGGCGUCGGCGUCGCCAGAGCCAUCAAGGAACGGAAAAGGCGUGAGGAGAAACAACACGAGUGCCACAUCUGCGGACUCGGCUUCGAGACGGGCCAGGCGCUCGGGGGGCACAUGAGGCGGCACCGUGAGCAGAUGGCACCGCGCGGCGCCGACGAUCGCGGGGUCGCGCUGCUGCCGGAUCAGGAUGUGGCGGGGCAUCAUGCCGCCGCCGACCAGCCCCCGGUCUUGCUCGAGCUGUUCGUCUAG